AUGCGGGAUGAAAUAUUCAUUGUCAGAAAACUUUCAAGAUUUGCACCACACAUGUGUUCUUACAGUGACAAAGAUAUUUAUGAAAGCAUACGCGUAAUUUUAAACAAGGAACAGUUUAAAAACUUUUGCGACAAAAACAUUUUUGGUUAUUUUAUGAAGAAGCAGCAAUGUGUAGUGCAAGCACAGUUGUGCAGAUGCGUUAUCACGCUUAAGAUUGCAUCGAAGGUUGAUAAUCGGAUUUCCCGAUUAUUAAAUUGGAAGACGAUUGCACCUCGUCCACGCUUUGAGUUUUUGAUGAAUGCUAUGUUCAAUGACAAUGGCAAGGUUGUAUUUAAGAACAUAGAGCCAAAGAAAAAGGAGCUGUCAAAAUUGCAAAUACCACAGAAGGAUGAAAUGCAACAUGAACGUUCUGUUGAUUCUGAUGACGACUUUCAGGAUCCACCACCAAGAAAGAUCAACGAACAUUCAAAGAAGAAACAGAAGGUUGAUUCCUCAACACCAGUAGCGAAGAAACCUCUAAGGAAAAAGCAAGUAGAUAUUUUUGACGAGCAUACCCAAAUGAGGACACCAGCUCAUCGUGCUGCAAAGGCUGAUGAAAUGAAGACACCAGAGCAGGUUGUAGAUAUAGAAGCUGAUAAACCAAAUGUUGAUGAGGGAGGGUUAGAGCAAUCUGGACAACAUUUCAGUCCUGAUGUUGUUCAAUCUUCGGAUAAUAUUUCUGACAGUACAAAGCAACAACAUGCAGAUAAAUAUCCUGACCUUCAGAAUAUGGAUUAUGUUGGUACCGAAAGAUCACCACAACGAUUAAGUUCGGAGGUUGAUCAGGAAUUGGAGGGGGGCACUGAUUUGCAUUCUGAAAAAAUGAAUGUUGAAAUUGAUUCUCAACAAUUAAUCCCUCAUGAGCUUCUCCGAAGUAUAAAUUUGAACUACUUGCAUUCUGAGAAGGUUGUUCAACAUGAUUGUCGAACCAGCGAUGAGAAAAUUGAUGAAACAAUUUUGUCUGAUUUGCGAUUCACAAUCCCUAAUGAGAUGUUACCUAGCCUAAAUGCAGGGAUCACUGAUUCAGAGGUAGAACUUUCUACCAAGGAGCAAGUUAGGACACCUCCUAAUACACAAGAAGUAACCAAUGAUGAACAGAGGGAUGAACAAUUGUGGCCUGAUUCACAAAACACAAUCCCGGAUGAGUUUCUACCUAGCUUGAAUGUCUACAAUAAAAAAAGCAUCAUUAUUCAUCCAUCCUUUAAUCGUGAAGUAAAAAUUCUUAGACCAAAAUUAAGAAUUAGGCGACCAUCAAAAUUCAAGGAAUCGCCAUUCACCGAAAAAAUUGGUUCAACUGCUGGGAGCUCAGCAGGGCUAAUACGCAUAUUCCCCCAGAAACAGCCAUUUUUAUAUCACCCGAUUGAUGGGAUAAUAGAUAUAAAGAUUGUCAAGAACUUCAAGGACUGGAUUUCUGCCGACCUAUUAAAAGCUACUGCUAAGAGGAAUUGUGGUGUUUUUAUGGUUAUGUAUGCAGAGUGUCUUUCUUAUGGUCACAAAGUUAUUGCGACUGAGUUCGACCCCAAUGCACUCCGUACAAGAUAUGUUGCACUUUUGUGGGAUUAUGGGAUCCGAAAAUAA